AUGAGAAAAAACCUGCAAACGGAUAGGGCCAAGGAAGCAACUCAAAAAUCAUUGGGCGAAGAUGAACAAAAGUACAAAGACAUAUUUGCUAUCAUUGAUAGAAGAUGGGAAUGCCAACUUCAUCAUCCUUUGCAUGCAGCAAGCCAUUAUCUAAAUCCUGAUUUCUUUUAUGGCAAUGAUUCAAUUGGAAAUGAUAGAGAAGUGAUGGCUAGCCUUUUCAAAAGCAUUAAGAGGGUAAGUGAAAAUAAGGAAGAAUAUGAUACAAUUACAAUGCAAUUGGAAUCAUAUAGGACUGCUGAAGGCCUCUUUGGUAUCAAGUCAACAAUAAGGAAAAAGGAUUUUAUUAGCUCCAGCUCUCAAACUCCAAAUUUGAGAGACUUUGCCAUUAAGGUGUUGAGUUUGGCUUGUAGCUCAUCCAGGUGUGAGUGCAAUUGGAGUACUUUUAAACACAUUCAUUCCAAAAAGAGAAGUAGGCUUGAGCAUCAAAAGUUACAGGACUUGGAUUUUAUUAAGUACAAUCAAGCUCUUAAACAUCGCUAUGACAAUCAUGAUGUGAUUGAUCCCAUUAUCCUAAAAGACAUUGAUGAUAGCAAUGAUUGGUUGGUGGGAGAAGUGGGUGAAGAUAAUGCUGAAGACGGUAAUGUUUUUUAUGAUGAUACUUUGACUUUGGGAGUUGUUGCUAAUGCAAGUAGGGUUGGAGAGCCUAUAACAUACACAAGGAAGCAAACAAGAGGAACAAGAAUGGUUAACCAAGUUGUACCUAUUGUAUCUAGGCCUUUAAUUUCAAGCUCUAGAGGGCUGGCAGUGAUGAAUGAAGUUGAUGAUGAAGAAAUUGUUGAUGAGGAAGAGCACAUCUAUAAGUUUAGUUCAAGUGAAGAUGAAAGUGAGGGAGAAUAUUUGUUGAAAUUUGAUGGAGAAUCCGAAGAUGAUGAUUUUUUUCAUCAGUUCACUUGUAUUUGA